CAAGAAAAGAAAUCCUGACCUGAACACAUAACCACCAAACAAAUUAAUAUUCUUAUGUCUUGAGGUUGAACUUCCUAAAGUACAGAUAAAGUGUUCAUUCUUCAAGAUUCCGUUCCCUUGAAACUUACCAACAAAAUACUCUUGAACUCAGAAACUGAGGAGAGAGAGAGGAAGAGGGAGAGAGAAAAAGUGAAAGAAAAAAAUGAAUUCAUCCAAAUCAUCUGCGUCACAGAGCACAGAGAGAGGAUGCUUCUCUUCCCAAGUCUUCUUAUGGACUGCUGCUGGGAUCUCCAUCCUACUACUCGGUGCCUGUUUUAUCGCUAGAUGUGUUGUGACAUAUCACAUCUUUCAACUCUGUGAUGAGAAAAUGGUCCAGCCAUAUGAGAAUUUCCUGGAAUUCAACUGCUACAAUAAUGAAUCAGGUCCAGUCAAGAAUUGCUGUCCAUUGAGCUGGAUACAUUUUCAAUCGAGCUGCUAUUUUUUUUCUACUAACACCCUAACUUGGGCAGAAAGUGUGGAAAACUGCUCAAGCCUGGGAGCUCAGCUGGUGGUUAUCAACUCAGAGGAGGAACAGAAAUUCCUUUUCCAUGCAAAACCUACAAAUAGAGAGUUUUAUAUUGGACUAACGGACCGGGUGGUUGACGGUCAGUGGAAAUGGAUAGAUGGCACCCCUUUAAAAGAGUCUCUGAGCUUCUGGGACGAAGGGGAGCCCAACAACUUAGUUACGGUGGAGGACUGCGCCACCAUAAGGGACUCUAAAAACCCCAGGCAGAAUUGGAAUGAUGUGGCCUGUUUCUUAUAUAUGUUUCGGAUUUGUGAAAUGCCAGCAAAAAACAUUUUGAGCAAAGAAAAUUCUUCAAGGACAGAAGGCCCCGCUUAAAUGUAUAGGUGAGGAGGACCAGGAACAUGGACACAGCCGCAACUCCAACAUGAGAAACGUGCGCCUUGUACUUCAGAAGGGCUUUGUGUUUGUUGCUUUGAUGUAAAUAAAAAUAAAUGUUUUUGGAUGUUA